UAUCAAAAUAAAAUCUGGCAGCUCUGAUUUUAAUCGCCUUGCGCAGAAUUAGGGCGCCUCACGGUAGUUUUUUUAAUUUUGUCGGCGAAAUGUCUGCAGUUGUUUUGAGUAAAAAACACCAUCCUAGCUUAUCGCUAGAAUCCAUUAAGUCGUUGAAUAAAAAUCGUAUUCACACGGUUCUUGAGUUUGCACAAACAGACGAUGAUCGUUUGCUGCAAAUUACAAAUCUCGAUGCUGAGGAAAUUUCCGCGAUUAAAGCCACCCUAGUGGACUAUUAUUCUGGAUACAAUGUUUCGGUUCGGGACUAUUUCCGAUAUCUCACCGACGUUGUUCAACCCAUCAACACCGGCAUAAGAGGUUUGGAUUUGCUGCUUGAAGGUGGUCUAUUACCAGGACAUUUACUGGAAAUUUGCGGAGAAUCUGGUGCUGGAAAAACUCAACUUUGCACGUCACUCGCUGUGAAUGUUGCCAAACGGCACAAGGUGGAGAUCCUGUAUGCCGAUUGUAAAUGUGAUUUUUCAGCAAAUAGAGUACACCAGAUGUUAACAGCGAUUAGCUGUACGGAACAGGAAAUCCACGAUAUCAUGUGUAAAAUUAAAGUGCAACGAUUUUUUUCAGCAGAGAGUCUAGUGGAAGCAAUGGAAAAUUUCAGAGCUCUCAUUGACAAUCACGAUACAUUCAAGGUGCUUAUCAUAGAUUCGCUGCCCGCGUUGUGGUAUUUGUAUCAAAAUUCAAAAAGUAACUGCUAUCCGCUGGGGUUGUUAACCCGGUUGAUCGGUAUUCUAAGGAAACUUGCUACGGAAAACUUUCUAUGCGUAGUUGUUGUCAAUCUUUUGAUUCCAUCAGCAGAAUUAGCAUCUAAACCAAAUAAUCUCCGACGAUCAACCCAAAAUGUAGUAGAAAAUAGUUCAUAUCCGGCGUUGGGUAAAUUUUGGGAAACUGUUCCAACGACAAGAAUUGUAAUUAGUAAGCUAGAGGGAAACACCAUUGGGCCCGAGAGAUUGUUAACAAUUUGGAAGUGUAACUAUUUGAAAACCGGUGAUCGACAAAUUGUAACCAUUACAGAUGUUGGAACUAGUUGAAUGAGAAUAGUUUUUGAACUUGGAUUAGUUUGACCAGGAGCUUACUGUUACUCGCUAUGUAUGUUUCUUUGUUUUAACAAAGACUACUAAAGAGCUUUUUAUUGCAUUUUAAACUUAGUAUAUUCAAGUUUAUACAUUAAGUUCUAUUUAAAAAUAAAAUUUACUUCCUGAUACAA